AUGGAUUAUCUUGGUCUUCUCGAUCAACCAGAUCCAUCUUUGGAUGAAGUAGAUUCAUCUUUUUUCGAUAUCAUCGCCUACAAUCCUCUAACUAAUUCGUAUAGCGAAAGAAUUCGACCAUCAUAUAUGUGCGACAUGGCUGUUCG